AACCGUCUGCUUCGUGCCCGUUAGGCGUCACUAGACUCACUAAUAUUAUGCAGACGGAUUGCUUUAUUAUACUAAAGGCAUCCCUCCCGAUUAAAGAGCCCUUCCUUCCCUAAUUUUCGCGCUCCUGGCGGGCUGCAUAUGCACAUCGUUACUACCGAUCUGACGAUUCUGGACGCUGCCCUCCUCUGCGCAGGCCGGUAUGGACAACAUCAAACAAGCACCUCCGUUGGUCAACUGUUCUGAUGGCGGAGUCGACAUGGAAAAGCCUUACCUUGACGCCGACGCCCUCAAGUUAGCUAGUAUGGGCUACACGCAAGAUAUGAAACGUAACUUCAGCGUAUGGUCCGUCCUAGGCGUCGGUUUCUCUCUCACAAACUCCUGGUUUGGCAUCUCUGCGGCACUUGUCACAGGAAUUAACUCAGGCGGUCCACUACUCCCAAUCUAUGGCAUCAUUAUUGUUACACUGAUCAGCACGUGUGUGGGCAUCAGUCUGAGUGAGUUGGCUAGUGCGUAUCCCAAUGCCGGCGGCCAAUACUUUUGGGCAAACGAGUUGGCGAGCCCGAAAUGGGCGAACUUUGCGAGUUAUGCGACUGGUUGGGCCGCCUGGGUCGGAAGUAUCUUCACGAGUGCCAGUGUGAAUCUGGCAGUCGGAAGUGCAUUGGUGGGAUGCUGGCAGUUGUCCCAUCCGGACUUCGUCAUUCUCCCCUGGCAUGUCUUUGUGGCGUACCAAUGCGUGAAUCUUUUCGCCUACAUCUUCAAUUGCUACGGCAAGACUCUACCCAUUGUUGCAUCCAUGGCUCUGUAUACCUCUCUCAUAUCCUUUGCCGUGAUCCUCAUCACGGUGCCCGCUGUUGCACCGACCCAUCAAACUGCCAAGUUCGUCUUCGCCACCUUCAUCAACAACACAGGCUGGUCGCAGAACGGCAUAGCGUUCAUUGUCGGUCUGGUGAACGUGAACUGGGCUUUUGCCUGCCUUGACUGUGCGACACACUUGGCGGAAGAAGUCCAUCGACCAGAGAAAAUGAUCCCAAUUGCCAUCAUGGGCACUGUAGGCAUCGGCUUCGUGACAAGCUGGUUCUUCAGCAUAUCCAUGUUCUUCAGCAUCGUCGGCGAUUUCUCACUGCUGACAGGUACAACCACGCUAGUACCGAUUCUUGAGCUGUUCUACCAGGCAAUGAGCAACAAAGCAGGUGCGAUCGUGCUCGAGAGCUUGAUCAUUGCUACAGGUAUCGGGUGUGAGAUUGCGAGUCAUACUUGGCAGAGCCGGCUAUGCUGGAGUUUUGCCCGGGAUAGGGGCUUGCCAGGACAUCGUUAUUUGAGCCGUGUGCACCCUGGAUCAGAUGUACCCUUAUACGCGCAUACCGUGUCAUGUCUCCUUGUCGCAAUUGUUGGUUGUUUAUAUCUAGGCUCCUAUACGGCGUUCAACAGCAUGGUAACAGCAUGUAUAGUUCUCCUCUACAUCUCAUACUCCAUCCCAGUUGCCUGUCUACUACUUCGCGGCCGCAGCACCAUCAAGCCUGGCCCUUUCUGGCUGGGACCCAUCGGACUGUUCGCCAAUAUCGUCCUGCUCGCCUGGAGUGUGUUCACCAUCAUCAUGUACUCGUUCCCGUACGCGAUGCCAGUCGCUGCGAGUAACAUGAACUACGUCAGUGCCGUAUAUGCGGUUGUAGCCAUCAUCAUGAGCGUGGACUGGUUUGUGCGCGGGAAGAAGAGCUAUCGAAGCCAGAGCACGCGGAGAGCGGAGGUGGAGGUGUUGAUUGGCAGGGAGGGCAGUGUUGCGGAUGUGAAGGAUGUUGCACAUUGAGCUUUGUGGCUGAAUACGGAUUAUGAUCCCCCGAUACGACGAGAUGAGGUGUCUUUGACCGAGUCUUGAGAUUUCUCUGGAGCGUUCUCAUUUGACAAUAACGCAAGAAGUUUUUGCACUAGCAGAGUGUCAAAAGUAUACAAUUUACCACAUCUAGCCAUCCAUCGAGGGCUUUCUCUCGAGUAUCACGUCGCACUCGUCGACGUGAAGAUACGACGUUUGGAUGCAA